AUGGAUGAAAUUUUCAAUUUAACAGAUAACGAAGAUGAAGAAGAUAGCGUGAAAACACCAGCACCCAAACCUGACAAACCUGACCCACCAAAACCUGACAAGCCUGACCCACCAAAACCUGACCCACCAAAACCUAAUGAUCCAAAUGCACCAAAACCUAAUGAUCCAAAUGCGCCAAAUCCUAAUGAUCCAAAUGCACCAAAACCUAAUGAUCCAAAUGCACCAAAACCUAAUGAUCCAAAUGCAACAAAAUCUGAUGUUAUUAGUGUUACUGCUUCUGAUCUACCAGACACUAAUACAGUUAGUAGUGAUCCAGCAACAGAUACUGUAGUAACUGGGCCUAAUACACAAAAUCCAACAGAUACAAAUACCAAAUCCUGUGAUGGCCCAGUUGUUACUACAGUUGCUACUGAUAAUUUAAGUUCAACUAGCUCAACUGGGUUUAAUUUUGAUCCAAGUGCCACUGACACCAAUAAACCUACUGAUCCACCACCACCACCAGUUACUAGUAAAACUACUAAGAAAUAUCCACCUGGACAAGAACCAUGUGAAAAGGCUGAUGAUCCAAGAUGUGAACGUAAAUCAACAGAUCCAACGGUGGUCAGUACAUCAGAAGAAAAUGAAGUAAUUACAGAACCACCAAAACCAAAUAAAGCUACAACACAAACAGACCCAAACCAUAAAAAAUCAACCGUAACACAAUUCACAACUUACACCACUACGGAAACAUCAUAUUUCCCGGGGUACACCACUUAUACCUCUUCAACAGGGACCAAUGGACAAUUAACAACAUAUGCAACUUACAUUCCACCAAGUACUGUUGUGGUGGUCAAGAAAGUUACUUCAGCAACUAUAGCGGAGAUUCAAGAAAGUAGUCCUGUUUCAGCUGGAUAUCUUGAUCUGGAACUCUCAGUUUAUAAUUUAUACAGUGAAGGAUUUGAAACACUCUGUGACAAAUACUGGAAACAAUCAUUUGAAAAAUUUCCCAUCCCUAAAACUUGCACACACUGUGGUGUAGAUUCAAGCUCAGAAAAAAAUAAGCACAAGACAACAUGCCCAAUAUUUCAAUCCACAUUAACUCUCCCUACAAUUGAUCUUUCAAGCAUUGAUACUAAUAUUUCAGAACCUUUUCCAACUGCCAAAUUACAUGAAGCAGUUAAUUUAGCAGUUGAAAGAAUUGAUUUCAAUUUGUACUCUUCUCACAACAAACAAAAAAUAACAGGCUUUCUAUUUCAUGUCAAUAAACAAAUUCUUAUUAAUCUUAUCAUAAAAGAUUUUAUACCAAGUUUUGACAAAAGCAAUCAAGAUCAAGAUCACAGACAAAUACUUGAUGAUCAUCUUAAAUCACUUGAAACUCCUCCACCAUGUUCAGCUGUUUUCAAUUAUUGUCAAGCAACAUUUGGUACAGAAUAUGCAAUAACUCACACAGAUGAUAUUAUACUUCAAACUUUUGCACCAACAUUUGAUUCACUCUUAGAAUCAUAUGAUCCUUUUCAGGUUGUUACUUCCAUGGAAGCUACAAAAUGA